AUGGGCGCGGAGGCAGAAAAUGUGGACUUUCGGUCUCUUUUCGAGGAGAAGGAGAAGGAGCUCGUUGGCAUCUGCGAGCGGCAAAUCGAAUUCUUCCACCAGCAGGUUUUGGAACGAGACCGCCACAUCAAGGAUUUGAGCGCAAAAUUCUCCCAGCUGAAGGAAGACUUUAAGUACAAUCUCGAGCUACUGGAUGAGCGAGAUGCGGAGCUGACGCAUUACGAGGCAGAAUUGGCAGCGCUACAGAUAUCCAUCAAAGCUGCAAGAGACGAGCAUGAAGAAACUCAAGAUAGGCUUACCGAGGCUGAAUCGCAGAGACUGGAAGAAAAGAGAAGGUCAGAGGACAAGGACAAGGUACAUCAGCAAGCUCUUGCGACGCUACGUCAGCAGAUAGAAAGUUUCCAGUUUUCGAGAGAGCAACUGAUGUCCAUGCACAAGGAAGCCUUUGAGACUGCCAGUGCAGAGCUCAUGUCCGAGGUGGAAAAGAGACAAGCUGAUUUAGACAAUCACAGCAAAGUGCUCGAAUCACAAUAUCAUGACAAACUACGGAUCCACGAGCUUCAGUCCCAGCUUGCACUGGACGCGGUGGAGAACAAGCUGUCACAAGCCGAAAGGAAGGUGACACAACUCGAGACAGAGCUGGACAUUGAAGUUCAAAAGAGGAGAGGUGACGCAAACAUGGAAAGAGAACUCCGGGCCGAAAUAAAGGAGAAAGACGGCAUUAUUAAAAGAAUGUCAAAGGAGCUUGCGGAAUUGCAAGCUGAAAACGAUGACGUGCACUCGAGGGCAGAUAAUGCCGACUAUCAAGCCCAGCAAGUAAACAAGAAACUUCAAGUAGUGGAAACAGAACACCGGAAGCAGACUUUACAAAUGAGGUUACAGAUUGAGAACUUCCAGAAAAGGUUGGAGACUGCAGAAUCUCGAUUGGGUGAAUGGGAUGGCAAGAGGCCCGGGGAGAUCCAAGGCUACCUUGAGAAGGUCGCCCAGUUGGAGCAAGCGAUGGUUACUGAAGACAAUCAGUUGAAGCUGAAACUUGAAGGCGUGGAGACGUAUAUUCGAGAAAGUAUGCAACAUCAGGAACAAAAAGUCCAGGUUGCUGUCUCCUUCUCUCGUACUAUUCCCUUGUUCUAA